UGCGUCGAUUUAACGCGGGACCAUGAAUCCGGCUCCCUAACAGCUGUGCGGGGCUGCAGCGGGAGCAGCAGCAGCACCGCUCCCCCCGGACAUGUCCUGCAGGCGGGGACGGCGGCGCACACAGCGGCCUCUCACCGCUGCCACCCAGCACUAGUCACACACAUUGCAGACGGCGGAAGUUUGCAGGCUCAUGUUUUUCCUGGGCCGGCUCUCGGAGGGAUGAGAGGCGUGUGUUGGAGCGUGAACAUGGGGCUGUUUCUGCACGCCGUCGGCUCCGUGCUGCCCACGGAGCCCGCAGCGGAGAGGAGCUUUCUCCGCUGUGAAGGCGUCAACAACCAGAGUUACUUCUGCGAGUCUGGACACUGCUGCGGAGAAUCCCAGUGCUGCAGUUACUAUUAUGAACUUUGGUGGUUUUGGCUUGUGUGGGCGAUCAUCCUCAUACUGAGCUGUUGCUGCGUGUGUCACCAUCGCCGCACCAAACACCGGCUGCAGCAGCAACAACGGCAGCACGAGAUCAACCUCAUAGCUUACCGUGAAGCCCACAACUACCCCUCCGUGCCCUUUUACUUCAGGUUUCUGCCAAACUACCUCCUCCCUGACUAUGAAGAGGUGGUCAACCGGCCUCCGACUCCUCCGCCCCCUUACACUUCCUUACACACAGGCCCAUCCGCGGGGGCUUCUAGCCCCCUGGCUCCUGAACAGCCGGAUGGCCACUGUCCAGCCAUCCAGUCAUCCCCGACCUCCCCGGUCUCCGAUGGCAUGGGCUGCAGGCCCAGUACGGAGGAACCACAACCUCCCACCUUAGACUUGAGGCCAAAGCCUGACAACAAAUCCAUGCAAACUGCACAAAAUUCAGACACGAUCCUGCUAUCAGGUGGGCUCAACAUGGAGGGACUAAGCAGCCAAGAGAAAAGAAGUGGAAGUGGAGAGAACUGCAAGGACCCCCUGCUGAAGGAUUCCAGCCUGUCAGAGGGUUGCACUGAGGAUAAAGAGCGGCUGCCCAACGGAAGGAGGAGGAGAUUCACAGGGGACUCUGGGAUUGAGGUGUGCGUGUGCGGCACACGUGGAAGCAGCGGUUGUGGAGCUGGAGGAACGGCCCAGGACAGCAAGGAGCUGAGGGAACUGGAGAGCCUGCUGGGACACAAUAUGGAUGGUGAGGAGGGGGAGGAGGAGGAGCAGGAGGGAGAUGAGUCGGGUGACUUCUGUGACAGCUGCAGUCAUCGGGCUUCCUUCAAUAUGGAGGAGGAGCAGGCACCGGGGGGGCCGGAGAGGAGGGCCGGACACGGCCCGGCGGGGGCUCCCCAGCCGCCUCAUAACGCAGGCAGCAGCUCGCUCCACCAGCCCGCCGCGUGCCUUCUCCUCCAGACCAUCAACGAGCAGGACGGACCGGCCUACAGCACCAGUACUGAGCCGCAGGGCUGAAGCACAGUCAAUGCACCUUCUGGCACAGAGGAAAGGAGAAUUUUACUGUUGCCUUGUAACUGAGCAGAGUUUCAUGUUUAAAUGGUUUCAGAGCGCCUAUUUUCUGAAUGUGUUCAUCUUUGAUAAACCAGAUGUGGCUGCAGAUGUGGGAUCUCAGCAUAGACUGAUCAGAUGUUGAGAGCCUGCUCCUGCGCACACUGGAACGGUGGCCUUAACCUGUGUAUUUUGGGAUGUUUUGGACAGUACAAGCCCUUUAACAUACCGUGAUAAGUGAGACAAUAUCCAUACUUCAAUCCUUCAGUCGUCGUCCUUCUUACACAACACAAGCAUUUGACCCCGUCAGAGCCUUUUGCAGCGGGAGCUCUGGCAUCCGGAGUGGAAGUUCAAUUCUGUGGAUGAAUGCAGCUUUCUUCACGAGGUGAAUUUGAGAAUUCUGCGACGCUGUCGUCUGCUGCCACUGACCUUUUGGAAGUACAAUGAUGCACAAAGCAGGACGUUUUGGAUAAAUACAAUGUGGAAUUACUGCAGGGUGUGUUCAUGCAAGCUUAUACUGUACAGGGACGUUUGACAUUGGACCCGUGUUUCUGAAGUGCUUUCUCAUCAAUUAGAAACCGCUCUGCCUUCAGUUUCUUCUGCUCUACCAGCUCUGCCAGGGAUGGGGUUGCAUACAUCCAUUAACAGUUCUUAGUGUGAGCACUUCCUGUUUUGCACAAAGUGUUUCUUCAUAAUUUUAAGCUUUUAGGAAGAAAAAAGUGAAAGUAUAAAAUAUUUAGUUUUCCCUCAGUUUAGUCUUAAAUACACGUAUGUGAUUACUGGUGGGGGGUUUUUUGUUUUGUUUUUUUCUAAUUGGUAAGAAAUGUCUCUGCGAACUGUUGGUAGGGAAUGGAACUGAUUUUCUGCAUAUGCAAUCAUUUUUCACUUGAUCUGAAUGUUUGUAGUAUGUGCCUAACAAAAGAAAAUAAUUAAUAGAUAGUAAGAUCUGUGACACUGGGGAAAGCCUAAAAUAGCAUGCACCAAAAACAAGUGAAGAAUGUUAAGCUUAUUAGAAAUUACAACUGAAAAUGGCAACUUCAGACCUCAUGUUUUGUCAGUCACUUAUUACAGAUUAUGACAUUCACCAGCUGUGCUAUACAAAUCAUACAUAUCUACAGUACUUGCAUUUGAUUGUUACCAUGUUACUAUUCUUCACAUUUGUAAAUUCACUCAACGUUUUCAUUACAGCUUCUUUCUGAUUCCAGUCAACAGGACUUUUUGUGGCACCAAAAUAAGACUUAACUGAUUUCAUUCUUCUAUUCUUCCAUUUUUCUUUAUUUGCACUUUCCAUUUGAAAAAUUAAAUCCUCUCUUUUUGGAGAGGAAGAUAUGUGUAUUAUGGCGUUAUGUUGGAUACAUUCAUCCCUUAACUUUUAUAUGUAGACCGUUACUUAUGUAAUGGUUAAUGUAGCAAACAGAAAAAUUGAAAUGGAAGCAUAAAGAAAGAAACUGACCAGUUAUGGUAAUAAACUAAUGAUAACUAUGUUAGGAACGUUCUCAUUGUAAGAUCAUAACAUUUCUUACAGAAUUUGCACAACAUACUGUCCUGGGUCCAUUUCUUUUAUUAUAAACUCCUAAUUCUUGGGACAGGAUUUGACUAUAAUUACAGUGCAACAAACUAUCUGUUGAAUGCUGCACUGCAGAUAUAAUAUGACAGUAAAGUUAAACAAUCACUCAAAACACUUCAAAGUCAUGAACUCACUGAAUGUGUCAUCAGUUUAAAAUGCCUUCAAGAGCUUGCUUUUUCUUCUUUUUUUUUUUCCAAACAUAGUUGGAAUGAAAAUCUUAAAUGGUGUUGAUUAUGUGGUGUGAGCCUUGUACAGAUUAGGUUUAAAUGUUGUGGAUAACUGCUGCUGUUGAGGUAUCUUGCUGAUGGGUUAUUUAAGGCUUUCCUACGAACAUCUGAACAGAAUAUGCACAAAGAAAUGUAUCAAGCACAACCAUUGAUUAUACAAAUAAUUCCCAUUAAAUCAAAGCUUGCAUGGUUUUCUCCAGGUAUUCUGGAUUCUUUGCUCAGACAAUGUGCACAGUAGCUUGAUCGGUGAUUGUCUGUAGGAGUGAGUGUGAGCCUGAACGGCUGUUUGUCUCAAUAAGGUCCUGUAUGGACCGCUGACAUGUCCAGGGUGCUUGCCUGAUGUAAAAAAGGAAAAGGCUCCACCUGCUGCACAACCUUGAACAGGAUGAAGCAGAUGCCGAAAAAUGGACGAAUGGAAACCUUCAGAGUUUUUAGCAGUUUUCCAUACUCUCCAAGCACAUGUUAAAGUGCAAUGUGAACUUUCUGGAUCAAUAAUAAGCUGAUUGAGUUUUUCCCGUCACAGCCUGAACACACACUAAAGUGCUCUGUAUGUCGAUGCUUUUUGUGAGCUAAAGAAAACGUAUCGUUUGCUUGUGGUUUAUAGAUCUAUUUUUCCAUAUGGGCCGAUUCAUGAAUAUUUAAUGGCUAUGUAUAAAAACUCAAAACCACUCAAUUUUUGCAAAUUCAGUAUAUUCUCUAACAUACUGUAUAUGUUAACCAAAUAGUCACAUUUAUUUUCUUUUUUUUUCAAAUGAAAUCAUUAGCUUUAUUAUUGUGGAUACUUUUAUUCCAUUAGAUAUUAUGAUUUUAUGUAAAAAUUGUGCUUCAUUUAAGAACUUAAUCUGAAGUUUUGUGAAGGGUACAUUUUACUAACAUAAAUUUGUUAAGAGAUCAGGGUGAUCUUGCCAAAGACACUUCUUUCUUUUUAAAGGUGUGUGUGUUUUUGCACAUAUUCUUUGAAUGUUCUGAUUAUAAGCCAUUUAUUAUGAGAGACGGAUGUGUGUUUAAUAAACAUUAAAUUUACAGUGAACAUUGUA